AUGAGGCAAUUGACAGAGGAUGAGACGAAGGUCCUGUUUGAAAAACUUGCGUCAUACAUUGGCAGGAAUAUUUCAUUCUUAGUUGAUAACAAAGAACAACCACAUGUUUUCAGAUUACAAAAGGAUAGAGUUUAUUAUGUUCCUCAGAAUGUUGCAAAUUUUGCUACAAGUGUUGCUAGGCCAAAUUUAAUGUCUUUAGGUAUUUGCUUAGGGAAGUUUACUAAGACAGGGAAGUUUAAGUUGCACAUUACAUCUCUAACUGUACUGGCACGUUACGCUAAAUAUAAGAUUUGGGUUAAGCCUAAUGGAGAAAUGCCAUUUUUGUAUGGUAAUCAUGUUUUGAAAGCACAUGUAGGAAAAAUGUCGGAUGAUAUUCCUGAGCAUAUGGGUGUGAUUGUAUUUUCUAUGAAUGAUAUUCCUCUAGGGUUUGGAGUAAGUGCCAAGAGCACAUCUCAGGCUAGAGAUCUCCAGCCAACUGGUAUUGUUGCUUUUAGACAAGCUGAUAUUGGUGAGUAUCUAAGGGAUGAGGAUACCCUGUUUACCUAG